AUGAAUUCGCUCCGUGACUCUGAUAUUGUCCUGGGCACUGCUCUUCGCCACAGCACACAGCGAAAGCCUGUCAACUACGAAAUGGAGCGUCGGAGUCGCCUGGGCCAGUUCCGCCAAGCUAACGCGGAAUCCAGCAUCUCAGUACUCCCCGGCCCGGCCGACCGCAUCACUCGAUCCAAGGGAUUCCAAAGGUUCAGUUCCUCCCUAUCGAGCUUCUCCAUCAGCCGCCUGUUUGGCAGUCGCGUUGGCUCCUUCCUGAGAACGUCCAUGCGCUCCUCCAAACUCAAGAUCAUGGAGGACGAGGAUGGCGAAGAUGAGCGCGGUGUGUCUGCGUUUUCAAUGUCCGUCUGCAGCUCGGCAGGAUAUGUCCGCGCUCCAAGACCGCUGGGUCCCAGGAACGACCAGAGGUGCUCGCAGAGGGAAACCACGGUCGCUGUCGGCAAAGCCCCAGAGACCGGCAUGGUUCACACUUGCAGCGAAUCGACUCUCGUCUUCACCAGCGACGUGCUGCCAGAGUGCACCGAAGAUGCCCAUCGCGUUCUGAUGGAGCAAAUCAAUCGUCUCAAAGCCGAGAGAGACGUGGCCAAGAAGCAGCUCAGGCUGCUCACGAGCGUGUCUCUCGAAGAUUCCAGCGACAUUCCACAGGCUCUCAAAUCUCUGAGAGUGCUUAUCGACGCCGCUCUGCAUGACUUCAAGGUCGGGAAGGAGAAGAAUUUGUUUGGCUUUUCGGAGGCUCUUCAAACAGCCAACGAAGUCUUGGGCAAGAUCGAGGUUUUGCGCAAGAAUCAACUCUCCUGCGCCUUGGAGCCACCGUCUCCACCGCACCCGCUCGCCCAGAACUCUGAGCCACUGUCCAGUCAGUUGAUGGGGCAGAUCAUGUGCUCCGACAGCGGCCCCGUAUGUGGCUCUAGGGACGUUCUCGACUCAGUGAUGGAUGUAGACGAGCUUAAUAUUGAACCCACCAAGGUUCACAGCAAUUCAGCAGCUGCUGAAUGUGGUCUAUCCUCGACGGCUUCUGAAGUCGCUCAUCUGGCGACGACCGUCGAAAGCGCCAAUUCGUCUACACUUCAGUACCCCGUGCCUCCACCCAGAUCCACCCGGAUCUUCAAGACUCUCUCACAGACGAUCGGCCUUCGAGUUAGUCUUGAUCCCGACACACCUCCUCGCACUCGCAGUCCCUCUCCAUCGGAGGCAAUCAAGUCCCGAUUCGGCUUCCGCGACUACUUUACGAACCAAGUCCACCCGACCGAGCUGAGCGAUCUGAGUGCGGGCCGAUCGAGUCCAGCACAGCCCUCUGAGCCAGUCGCCCCCUCUACGGGUUGCGAUGAUAUUGAUGUCACGAGUGUCCCAUGUGCCUUGGGUGCCCAGGGCAGUGGCAUGUCCGUGGGCGAGGCCGUUGAUGCGAUUGAGACAAUGGCCAAGAAGCUGCGAGAAAGCCGUAGCUGCUAUCCGCCUCCGAAGACGGGCUGCAAGCAGCAGACAAAGGCCAGAGGGCAUGUUUCUGGUCUGGCGGCUGUGCCCGAGGAGUCCGAGGCAUAG